UGCCAUGUUUCACUUUGACUUUUAAAUUCAUUGACAGCACAGACGAUUAUGCAAUAUGAGGUAAUGCAAAAUUUCCAGAAGAUUUACUGAGCUAAAGCUUGGACAGGAGGUAAUUAGGUGCCGAUGAAUUUAGGGUAGGUUUAAUGGGGGGAUCUGUGUGAAUGCAUUAACACACAGGGGUGUUGAUUUUGGCUGGCUGUUGAAAACAAGAGGGCAGGAAUGUGGACUUUUGAAGAGAGUGGCAGAAGACAUUCUAGGGAAAUUAAAAUGUGCUUUCAUCUAAUAAUUGACUGUGUAAUCUUAGCUUGAACGGGCCUUUAGAGGUUUAGAAAAAUCUCAAGGAACAAGACUGAAAAUGCUGCCUGUCAAUGGGCUCCAAGAUUAACACAAUUAUCUGCUCUAUCCAAAUGCAGCACAGCACUCUGCACUGCGCUGUACUCUUAUCUACUGCAGUCAAUUAUAAAUAUUAAUUUUGGUGGAGCAAAAUGAGCCUGACCCUUGAUGAGUCUCAACCCAAUUUACAUUUUUGAUGAUGUUUACAUAUAAUCAGCAAUCUUUGAGUUUAUUAGGCCCUCAGUUCCUGGUGCUGCAUAACUCCUGUGUGGUUUGUUUGUUUCCGGUAUGCAGGCAGGAAAGGUUUGGAAAGGGACUGUAUGAGGCACCAAGAAUUAUAAUUAGAUAAUUGAGUUGCAGUGUGGUUGUGCACACUUUUCAGAUUCAGACAAAUAAGGAAUAAUAAGUAAAACAUGACUAUGGAAGCCCAUUGCUGUCGCUUAAAUGAAAAAAAAAAAAAAAAAGCUGUGAAGUUAUAAUUAUGAGGUUUUUAAAUCUGAUUAAAACUUUAAUUUUGUUUCUACUAUUUUAACUAUGAUGUUGAGGGUCAGAAUUAUUACUCUAAAUCAUUUGAAUGUCAUAAUAAUUGAGUUUCGACAACUUUCAAAGUCAAAAAUAUUCCUUUUCAUACCAUAAUUAUUGACUUAAUUGUAUGUUGAUAACUUUAAAAGUCAAGAUUCAGCAACUGCUUUAAAAUUAAUAAUUAUAAUUUAGAAUACUGAAUUUGGAGGUCAAACUUAUACUAAAAUAUUGAAACCCUGUAUUGGCAUUAAAAACUAUGGCUUUUAAGAUUAAUUUUAUGACUGAAUGUCAUUAUUCUUAGUUUGAAAAUCAGAAUUGGGAAUUAAAUCUCAAUAUUAUUAAUUUAAAAGUCAAAAUUGCGGACUGAUUUAUUUGCCAGCUCGCCUGUCCGGGGUCAAUCCCGCCAAUUGACCGUUAAAUACAUCCAUCAAGGAAUAAAGGAGCAUUGAAGCUGAAUAGAUAUGUUCAGUUUCCAUAGUUGAAAUGGUGAAAAUUGACGUCCAGACAUCACUCGUGGAAAACGAUGUGGUUUAGUUUCUUUACAUCAGCGACAUCUAGCGAACAAUCCCUCCACUUGAAAGAAGGAAGUUACGUCAAGCCGUACUUCCACCAAUCAGCAGUCGCGGUUCUGAAUUCGAACGUCCACCCUCCGAAGACGACGUUAGAAAAAUGGAUUCUGUUGAUGCUCUGUUUUCUUAAUUUUUUUUUGACGUAUUUCGCAGUAGAGAAAGAAGCGGAGUUAAAAUUCAUCGUAAAAUAUAUAUCCUGAUCUUGAACCAUGGUGAGAGAGAGAGUCCAGAAGAAGUCCUUCCAACAAAGUUUGGAGGACAUCAAGGAGAGGAUGAAGGAGAAGAGGAACAAACAGCUGGCUAAUGCUGCAGCUCCAAGCAGGGGACGGUCAAGAAUGAUGAACAAAACCACAGCAUCCAGUUCUACACACACCAUCCUUAAAGGUGUGCAGCAGAAUAACAAGGCGCUGGCUGUGGCCCUGCAGGCCGAGAAGGAGAAAGUGAGGCAGGCCAACGCAGUGAUCCUGCAGCUGAAGCGUGAGCAGCAAGCUCUCUUCCUUCACCUGCUUCUGCUCAAGAGGAAGCUCAAGGAGCAGGAGGCGCUGGCAGCAAGUGCUUCACAGGCUAAACCAACAGGGAUCCAACAGGAAACACCAAACCAUCAGAAUUUAGAGAGGAGGAAGCGAAGCAGUCAGCAGCUUGAUCAGCUCACGUUGUGCGACGCUUCACCAAUUUGUCCUGACUCCCCUCCUUCUAAAAAGAACGGACCCGUUAACUGUGACAGAGAGGCUGCUCUGCCAUCCACGGUGGGUGUGAGGCGUCGGCACGGCGACAGAAGAAGCAGGAGGCGCUCUGAGCGUGUGCAAGAACAGCGGCGGUUGAGCAAUGCAGACCCGGUUACUGAUCUUAGGGCCGUAUUACCGAGCCCUAUUCACGGCAAGAGUUCAGGUCUGAAUCAGAACCACCAGGGAGCAGAACCAGAGGCAGCGGAUGUCAGCGACACAGAGGAGUUGCAUCACUCUACACCUGAGCCAGUCCGUCCCAAAAAAAUACACCCGCAGCCUGGCAGGAAACAAACCCAGCAGCAGCAGCAGCCUCGCUCCAAACCUGAACCAGCUCCACGGAAACCCGACAGAGGCCGCAAACCCGAUCGUGUCCCGCUAAAGAAGCCCUGGGAGAAUCCCAAACCCAGAGCACGUUCCAAGAGCCGGGACCGCACGGCCACACGGGGGAGAGCAGCUCCUCCACCUCAGAGCAACAAGCUCAACACGUCGCUGGGAUUCAACGACACGUUUGACUUCGACUGCGAGGAAACCGUCCACAUCACGCCGUUCAAGGCGAAAGCCGAGGAGAAUCAGCCAGCGACUCCCAUUAGCGAGGAGACACAAGCCGAAGACUCGGCGGCUGUUCCCAAACAAAGCGAAACCAGCUCAUCGUCGCCGUCCUCAGAGUCGGAAGACAGCUUGUACGUCCCUCAGAGGCCAAGACGGAGACAGUCCUCUCCUGUUAAAACUAAAGUCAUCGCCACGCGCGGAGGCCGGCGCUCGCAGAUUGUCAGGAAAAAGGAAAACAUCCCUCCCACCCCGAAGAUCUCUGUCUUCAGGGAUGAAGAGUCGAAGUUGGAGGUGGCACGUUCUGGAAAGGGUGAAGAGAGCCACCAGAAACAUCAGAGGGACAGAACGGAGGACGGUUUCCCUGCUGUCAGCCCUCUGAUCGAGGCCGAGAUGAUGAGAAUAGAUACCGUCCUGUCCAAUUUUGGAGAACCGUCUUCUGAAAAUUCUUCUCGUUUAUCGAGCCAAACGCCAAGGCUCAAAACAUGCCAGAAACGUGGGGUUGGUGUAAGGUCAGCAGGGCGGGGCUUGAGUCUGUGUGACGUGACCAAUAUGUCCCCUGCAGCCUACCGCAAUUUCUCCGGUGGCGGCCCACGCCGCUCCGACGCUCCCACUCGGAAACGCCGCUGCACCAUGACCGUCGACUACAAGGAGCCUUCGUUAAAUGCAAAACUUCGGCGUGGAGACAAGUUUACAGACCUACAGUUUCUUCGCUCUCCCAUUUUCAAGCAGAAGUCUGGCAGGAGGUCUGUGCAGAAAUCCAGGAAGUCUUGCAGCCAGCAGCCGUUUGAGAAGUACAACGAGUCUUUUGUUGGAUGUCACUGAAGCCUUUCUUUAUUUUUAUAUAUGUUCCCGUAAAGGAUUCUCAUUUUUUCAUGUCUCCGAAGGUUGUUUUUUUUUUUUUUUUUUUGAUAGUGUAACCGUGAUCAGUUUGUCUUGAUUUAAAUUACUUUCUCGUUUUUGUCUCCAUAGAGAUGUAGAUAUUCUCCCAAAAUGGUUGGAUUACAAUAUUGUUUUAAUUCUAUGAUCUUGCAACAUCUGUGUAUUGUUCAUUCUCCACUGUACUGUAUGUGACAAUAAACUUUUAAAACCU